AUGAAUGAUCAGAAGAAGAGGAAGAAAAAGUUACUGUGUGGAGAGUCUGGAGAAGUUGUGCUUUCACUAUCAUGUGAAAGCGUCAAAGAGGCCGAAGAUGAAAAUGUUGAUUGCUCAAGGAGUCCACUCACUAUAAAUGUGGCCAGCAACUCAUCCGCAGAGUUGAAUGGUCAUGUGGUCUGUGAGGAGGCCAAUGGUGCUGUCACACAAGCAGAAGAGCAACUUAGUAAUGGAAUGGUGAAUGACAGGCUUGCAACCUUUAAACCAUCCCUUCAUUCCAACAGUGAUGGUUGCAUCAUCAGUCCAGACAGCUGUGAAAAAACUGAUCUGUGUUCUCAGCUGAAAACAUUUGAUCAAAGAAACAAUAGUAAAUCGUUUUGGUGA